CAUAAAACCCUAAACCCUAGAACGUGCUGAGGCUGCUUCUAGACUCUUCUUCAUCCUCUAGAAAACCCCCCAUUUCUUCUUUCCUUACGCUUCUCUCCAGUCUUCUGUGAUCUCUCUCUCUCUCUCUCUCUCUCUCUCUCUCUCUCUCUCUGAGCUUCCGUUUCGUCUCCGCAAUCCGACGAAAUGUACCGCAACGCCACAAGCCUCGCUUUCAAAGCUAGGAUCGCUAGGAAUGCAACACAGCAGGUUGGUAGUAGGUUGAGUUGGAGCAGAAACUAUGCGGCCAAAGACAUAAAAUUUGGUGUGGAGGCUCGAGCCCUGAUGCUCAGGGGUGUUGAAGAGCUUGCUGAUGCCGUUAAAGUCACCAUGGGUCCUAAGGGGCGCAAUGUUGUUAUUGAGCAAAGCUAUGGUGCCCCGAAAGUGACAAAAGACGGUGUUACAGUCGCUAAGAGCAUUGAGUUCCAGGAUAAGGUUAAGAAUAUUGGUGCUAGCUUGGUGAAGCAGGUUGCAAAUGCCACCAACGAUUUUGCCGGUGAUGGGACUACUUGCGCGACAGUCCUUACCCGUGCAAUUUUCACCGAAGGAUGCAAGUCAGUUGCUGCUGGGAUGAAUGCCAUGGACUUAAGACGUGGUAUUACUAUGGCAGUUGAUUAUGUUGUAACAAACUUGAAAAGCAGAGCACGUAUGAUCAGCACUUCUGAGGAGAUUGCACAGGUUGGAACAAUAUCCGCGAAUGGAGAAAGAGAAAUUGGUGAAUUGAUUGCGAAGGCAAUGGAGAAGGUUGGCAAAGAAGGAGUAAUUACAAUCUCGGAUGGGAAAACUUUGUACAAUGAGUUGGAAGUUGUUGAAGGAAUGAAGCUAGACAGGGGUUACAUAUCACCUUAUUUCAUUACAAACCAGAAAACGCAAAAAUGUGAGUUGGAAGAUCCUCUAAUUCUCAUUCAUGAGAAGAAAAUCUCAAGCAUUAAUGCUGUGGUCAAAGUCUUGGAGUUGGCUUUAAAGAGACAAAGGCCAUUGUUGAUUGUUGCAGAAGAUGUGGAAAGUGAUGCUCUAGCAACUCUCAUACUCAAUAAGAUUCGUGCCGGAAUCAAGCAGGUCUGUGCCAUAAAAGCUCCUGGUUUUGGUGAAAAACGGAAAGCUGGUUUGCAGGAUCUCGCCGUUCUUACAGGAGGAGAUGUCAUUACUGAAGAGCUGGGUCUGAAUCUUGAAAAGGUGGAUUUGGAUGUGCUUGGUACAUGCAAAAAGGUGACCAUUUCAAAGGAUGAUACCGUGAUUCUUGAUGGUGCUGGUGACAAGAAAGCUAUCGAGGAAAGAUGUGAACAGAUUAGGUCGGCAAUUGAGUUGAGCACCUCUGAUUACGAUAAGGAGAAGUUACAGGAGAGGUUGGCAAAGCUUUCUGGUGGUGUUGCUGUGUUGAAGAUUGGAGGAGCUAGCGAAGCUGAAGUCGGUGAGAAGAAGGACAGGGUGACAGAUGCUUUAAAUGCUACAAAGGCAGCCGUGGAAGAGGGCAUUGUACCAGGUGGUGGCGUUGCUCUUCUCUAUGCAUCAAAAGAGUUGGAAGAGCUUCAAACCGCCAACUUCGACCAGAAGAUUGGUGUUCAGAUUAUUCAGAAUGCACUAAAGACACCUGUGCACACAAUCGCUUCCAAUGCGGGAGUUGAGGGUGCUGUUGUCGUCGGUAAGCUUUUGGAGCAAGAUAACCCUGAUCUUGGAUAUGACGCAGCCAAAGGCGAAUACGUUGACAUGGUUAAAGCUGGAAUUAUAGACCCACUAAAAGUUAUUAGGACUGCUUUGGUUGAUGCAGCUAGUGUUUCAUCGUUGAUGACAACUACAGAGGCUGUUGUAGUAGAACUUCCAAAGGAUGAUAAGGAUGUUCCAGCAAUGGGUGGCAUGGAUUAUUGAGAAUCCUUCCCAACAUGAUACUUGUUUUUGUUUUUGUUUUUAACUUGAUUUUCUUGAUAGGUUUGUUUGAGAGGCAAUCAUGUAAUCAUAAUGUGAGGGAUCAGCAUCUAGGUAGCUUUGUAACCAAAGUUAGAUUUGCUGACAUUGUUGGAGGAAAAUUUGGCAUGUAUCUUUAAACUAUUAUUCCAAAAAUAAACAAUUUUCUUCCCCAUAUAAA